AGUAGCGUUAGAGCCGGGACCAACACCGCCGCCUCUUUCCAACCAUACUGGCCAGGAAUGUGAAUGUCAAAAAGGUCGGAUACGAACAUACGGAACAAGUUUUCUUCGUUCUUUGGUGGAGGUCAGCGGAGUGGGUCCGUCAGUGGUGCACGGUCACCUCCUGAGGAGUUCAACUUAGACACCAAUACUCUUAAUGAACUCGGCAAAGGAACCUUGCAGAACCGGCUGAAACUGCUGAAAAUCUUAGUUGAGAAGGUCGAAGAAAAGCGACUGGAAAAAAAUGGUAUAAAGUCCCUGUGGGUAGCUAUACAAGACAUAGCAAAAGAGGGUCCGGUAGACGCUAGACAUGCUGUUAUUGGCUUCCUCUGUGCGCUCGUCAGCAAUCACGUGGGUUUCCAUAUGUACGACCAGCUGGGUAGCAUGAGACAGACACUGUUCCAGUACAUUAAAUCCUGCCAUCCUGACGAUUUAGAGCCCUGCUUCAACCUUCUUCAAUCUCUCACUAACAAUGGAAGCAACCUUCACUUUAUUGAAGAACAAAUAGGAAGCUAUCUGGAAGAGCUGCUACCAGUGAUGAUUGCUCGCAAGAAGUCGGUAGACUUACUGAAGUUCCUGGCUGAUAUGACGAAGAAUAACGCCACCUACAUUGACACCCAGUUGUUGUGCGCGGUAUUCAGGGAGUGUUACUAUCCCAACAAGAAACAGCCUAUUGAAGAGAUCCAGGAAUGUUUGAACUACAUAGAAGUGGUGGUCCAGUAUGCUAUUGUACCCCCCUCCUGCAUACACUGUAUGAUGAUGUAUAUUUGUAGUGUGCGGUGUGUUAUACCCUCUGACAUCUCACCUGGUGUCGCCCACCCCGCCUCUCAGUCUCUUAAAUCGCUGAUGAAGAUGCUGAUCUCCAUCCACUCCCUGGAGCACACCAUCAUCUUCACAAUGUGUUCCUUCCUGGAGGAGCGACCCCCUAAAUCCUUCGUACCCUCCCACGACAUCCAGAUAAACACCCUCCACCUGCUGACUACCUCUCUGUGGAACAAGUCGCGUACUAGUCCCAAACAGCAUCACUGCAGUGCCGUGCUCUCGUCAAUGCUCAAGGUCAUAAAAUCCCGUCACGAACGUCUGGUGGUGGAGGUGUUGGAAAGUCUGAAGUUUUACGUAAAGAAUCACGGAGAGAUAAUGGAGCAUCUUUCCUGGGACGCCAUGUUGACGGUUAUAGAAGACAUUGUCAAUCAGCAAAGUGAGCAGAAGUUCCAGAACAAGCAAGUGCUAGUACCGCUGAACUCUCUGCUGAGCGAGGCUGAGCGGCUGUACAGUCACCCUGACUUUAUUAAUUGCAAGGAUAGGUUCUACGAUAUCAUAGAGCUCUGUGUAGACGUCCGACCGAUCGAGUCAAUAAACAACCUGAUGGAGAAGAAAGUGCGUCUGAUAGUUCCAGGAGUACUAAACUGGUCAGAUAAUCUGGUUCAGUUCAUGGAAGACUUUUACUACACCACCAGGCCGGAGUGGAUCAGGAUGAACGCGCUAGAGAAGUGCUGGGAUGUUGUGGACCAGUUCUAUGAACUGUACGAGGAGGAGUUAUUAGAGAAAGUUGUGCUGAAAGUACUGCAGUUAGUACACAACGACCCCAACACAGCGGUGAGACACAGGGCUGUACAGUUCCUGGUCAGGUUGUGUUACAGGUGUUAUUCAGACAAGUUCUACCACAUUGUCAACAUCAUUCUCAAGGUGAUAUCAGUAGUUGUGCAGCAAAACGAGGAGAACGAGAGUAUACUCAUCUGUGAUGAACUCAUCAAUCUCUUCCUGCACAAGGUAUCCCGUACCCCCAGUAGACACGCUCUCUUUAUAUUUGAGGGACUGAUAAAGUUAGCUACUGGUUUCUACUCCCCUAAGUUUAUCCCCCACUUCCACUCCACUGGGCGCAUCAGAUUUAGGAUCCUGGAAUGUCUGUGGCGGAUAUCAAUGUCCAGCACGGGGGAGACUAUUGUCUACCUCCCGAAAGAGGGUUCAAAUAAACGCACUGUUUCCUGCCCUUUCAUCAGAAUAUCAGUCGCUGACUCCUGUCUCCGCCCCCAGGAGGUAACUCCCUAUAAGUUAGAGUUGGAGAUCCCCACUGAAGCUACAGAGGACUACGGGUCAGUUGACUUACCGUAUGAGCACGUGGAUAAUCUCAUCUACCACUGUCUUAACAAGGAAGAAGACUGGAGUGUUCUAGAACUAACCCUAUCAGCUAUCAAGAAGAAGCUCUGCAACGCCCAGUUCCAGACUCGACGUAAUGUAGAUUCUCAGACUGAGCAGCUUGUGGAGCUGCUGAGUAACAGCAAGCGACUUGAGGAGCUGAAGAAUACUCCUAAAGACUUCUCUGCUUCAGAAGUGAGGAUGAGGAUAUACCCGGUGAUAGUGCGACUGAUACCCUACCAAGCUCGGAUCUACAAGACAACACGUGACGCUGAUAUGUGUAGGAGACUCCUCAAAGCUCUGAUAAGCGGACUCAAACCUAAGUUUGGCAAAAUCUGUAUCGAGGGACUGAUCGUGGCAGCCAUGGAGAUGCCUUUUCUCAUUAAACCUCGGUUUCUAAGCAACAUAAUACACGAAAUAGCAAAGAUGACAGUUGGAAGGAACCUGGCGAUAGCAACCUUAUCAUUCCUCUCUACUGUAGCAUUAACACCCUCCCUGUAUAAGGACUUUACAGAGGAGGAAUAUAAAAUGGUUAUCAGUGUUAUUCUGCCCUACACUGACCCAGUUAAUUUCGAUGUUCCUGUUAUUCACUUCGCACACGUGGUGGUAUGUAAUUGGUAUGUCAGGUGCCAUUACAAGCACAGACCUGCUUUCAAGGAGUAUAUUCUAGGGCAGCUUAGGUCCACGGUUAAGAGUGUAGGACAGGAAAUGUAGGGUAACAGCACCCUGACCGAGCAGGGGAAGGGUGGGGAGAAGAGGAAGGUGAGUGCUGAGUCUAAAGAUGCUAAGACUCUGAGGCCGAGGUCAGGUGAUUAUGGAAGGUUAAGUGGGUCUAACACUCCCAGAUCCAGUUUUAAGAGGAUACCUUCAACUGAUUCCAUCAACAAGGCACCGGAUGCUGAGAGGAUUAAUGCUCACAAUCAGCUGAUAGAUGUAACAGAGGACUUACUUGAGCGGUGGAUGUAUUCCGGACGUUGCAACAUAAUCAAGAAAUCCCCCCAAUUGGAUCUGCUGUUUUCAAACAAGAAAACUAAAACCUGGACUGUGUGCAAUACUUUGAUUACAAUAUCCACUGCGUUAUCUUGUGACAGAUCAUCUUCCUCCUCGUGCGAGCGAUGUAAAAUGGUACAAGCUAUCACUGGUGAAGGUUCUUUCAACAGCAGUUCUGAUGAUAGCAUGGAGUUGAGUUUUGGAACGGGACUUCGCAUUCCCAUCCCUGGACAACAAGGUCCUGUUGCAACAGUUGAUUUGAACAAGAUCAUGACUCCUAAAUGUAGUUGUUGGUGUAAAGAUUUCGCUCACCUAGAAAUACGUUCCCCCACCAGUAACAGUAGUGUCAUACUCAGACUCCAGAACAAGUGCCACUUUGUUGGACUUGACGCUGCUGCGGGAGGAGACAGUCACGUUGUUACCGCGCUCUUUGAUGACGAUCUUAGUCAACUUCUCAUAAAGGACGUCCACAGUGACUAUACUCCUCAUCAACUAGAACAACUUCUCUCAUCAAAUUCCUCCUCUGGUUCAUUUAAGCACAACUUAGCUCGAAGGAGAAGGCUCAGUACCCCACAAGCAGAUGAAAUGACCCCAACUUCUGCAAUCGAAGUUAGACAGAGAUCGCAUAGCGAUCUGGGUGUUACAGAAAAAUCCGAUCCUCUAAAAGAACCGUUUGUUUAUAAUCGAAACGAUACUGAUUCCAGGAAUUCAUCUGUUGAAAUUUGUGAACGAUUUGCGGAUAAGGAUGCCGCUAGAACUUUGACUCAAGCUGGUAUGGACGACGCCUUUUACAACACAUCCUCUAGGAAAAGAUCCAGUGUUUUCCAGUAUGCUAAGAAUAAUAAAAAUGACGCAAACGGUAAUAGUGGAUCAAACACGGAGGAGAACUCAUCUAGAGACUCCCAAUCCAAGAACUCCUCUCGUUCAUCUUCUCCUCAUUUGUCCGCGAGAAAAGAUCCGACCCAAGACAACAACUUCAGCCCAAUGACCUCCCGGUCCAGUAGCACACAGGAACUCACCUCCAGAUCCAGCAGCUUGAAGGACUGCUCUAAGUUCUCUGUGGACAACGACCAGAGCCACUGGGACAUCGACCCAGCUUUUAUUUUCAGACAACUUUACCCCCUUAUAUCCAGCAGUGCAGAUAAGACUCCCCUCAGUCUCCAGGAGUCGGAGGAUGUCUCCAGAGCUCUCCGGAACCUCGACCUCAUCCUGGUCUCCAACACUCACAAGAUAGGACUCAUAUACGUGGGACCCAGCCAAACAAACGAAGUGAGCAUCCUGAGGAACACGUACGGUAGUGUUAGGUACGUGGAGUUUGUGAAGACUCUCGGAGACAUCAUCUGGCUGGGGAACUGUGAUCAGAAGACGGUGUAUAUAGGAGGGUUGGAUACCAAGGGUUUGGACGGGGAUUACACUGUUAGCUGGAGAGAUAAGACGUCUCAAGUUGUGUUCCAUGUCGCUACCCUCAUGCCACAACACGAUACUGACCCAACUAGCACCAACAAAAAACGUCACAUAGGUAACAACUUCGUGACGAUCGUCUACAAUGAUUCCGGGCUGCCAUACCAACAGGGUACAAUCAAGGGGCAGUGCAAUAUCUGCGACAUCGUGAUAGAACCCCAACCCAACCACAUGAACCUGGUGUCCUUCAACAGCCUCAAGAAAACUAAGCUAGCAGAUCUGAAGCCCCACGCUGCCUUGCUCAUCAGUGAUGAUCCCCUCGGGUCAGUUGUACGGCACAUGGCUGUAAACGCUAAUGGAUUGUGUCAGGUCAUGAUGGGACCUGGUGCAAGGAACGCGUAUUCGUGUAACUGGUUGGAGCGGUUGAAGGCUAUAAAUAGAAUUACAAGCCGGUCUACUACUCCCAUUUCAUCUCCAACUCCAGCUAGACGAGACUUGCAAGUGUAGUUACCUUAGCUUCUGUCACGGAUUAUUUUCUUGUUUUUUAAAGAAAUUGCUUGAUUUUUAUUAACAUUAUAUUCUUUUCGAAAGGGAAUUA